UCCUCCCUUAUUUACACGCGCACACUCCACUUCAUCACCGGAUCACCAGCCUACAGCUCGUCACAUCUCUCUCUCUCUCCGCCCGGCCGGCCUCUCUAGGCUCACUCUAGCCAUGGCCACGGCGCACGGCAGCAGGCUCAUCUUCCUCUUCGAGGCCACGCUCUUCUCGGCGCUGCUGCUCGUCCCGGCACGCCCUGCUUCCGCCGCAGACGGCAGCGCGUACCCGGCCGGCGACUGCCCCUACCCGUGCCUGCCGCCGCCCGCCGUCACCGCCAACUGCCCGCCGCCUCCGCCGGCUGCGGCGUCGUACUCGUACCCGCCACCGCCGGGGGCUUACAUUCCCUACUUCCAGCCUGCGGCGGGUGGCGGUGGUGGCGGCGGUAGUGGGGGGUACGGCGGCUACCCGGCGCCGCCGCCGCCCAACCCCAUCCUGCCGUGGUACCCAUGGUACUACAAGACGCCGCCGUCGUCCGCGGCCGCCACGUCGGGCAGGGGGAGUCGCGUUCUUCUUGGGUCGGCCGCCAUGGUAGCUGCUGCUGCCCUGCUGAUCAUGGCUUAGCCGCAGCCCGCAGCAGUCGUUCUUUUUGCAUCUUCGAUCUUGUUCUCUCCCCCAGGUUUUUUUUCCUCUUGUUAAAAUUUACUGCUCAGGAUUUAUAUUCAGAGGUAUAUAACGAGGGAGCAUUAUAUAUAUUGCUUGUACUCCUAAUUUAUCAGCUACAUGUUUCUAGUUCCUUGAUUAAAAUGAUUACCACUCAACUUUGAGUAGUGGAGCAA